UCAUCACCAUGGUGUCUGGGAAGAGACUGGCGGAUGUGGGAUACCGGGUCUUCUCGGGAUCGAUGAUGCUGCUGACUCUCUACGGGGGUUACUUGUGUGUCAUGCGAGGAUACCGCUACGUGCAGCGCCAAAAGGAGCUGCAGGCUGCGGCGGAGAGACAAACCCAAUCAGACUGAAACUUACCUGCUGCUUUCACCCGCAUAAGAAGUUGUGGAAAUGUAUAUUUCUUUGUAAGAACUGAUUACAGUAUCACUGAUACUUUCUGAAAUAACCCGGUGGCUUCAAAUAAGUAAAAAGGGAAGACUUUUUGUAAUUAUUUCCCCCUUCAUCAAAGUGGAUAUGUCCACCUGGUGAUGGAUGAUUAGGAGCCGUGCCCUGAAAUCACUGGAUGCAAUUAAACCGUAUCAAACAUCCUGUAUGUAUAAAAUUGUCAAUGUUACAAUGGUGUAAUCCAAAAGGUUUGUUGUGGUUAAAUUUUUACCACGUCUUAAGACUGUCAUCUAUAUAUUGUGGGUCUGAAGUUGUAAUGCAUAUAUUUAUAUAGACAUAGUACACUUAUUUUCUACCUUUUAAUAUUUUGGAUAUGAGAAAGGGCAAGUUGUAUUGUAAUUAGAAGAUAGCUUUUGAAAACAUGCUGAAAUGAUUUAAAUGAAAGACUGAAUUCAGGAACUUGGUUUGGAGCAGAGGGAGAACACAGACCAGCAGACUCCCGGGAUAUCAAAGACUAGUUCGGUCAC